ACGUCAGAUUAUGAAAACAGCCAAUGGCAGGCAACCACGUGAGUCUGGUAGCCAAUACAUACAUACGGUUGUAUACACACAUUCAUGAGAAGAGCAUUUCCACCCGGCUGAAGAAAAAAAAUCCCGUCAUUCUUAACAACACCAGUACUUCAACUGUUUGCGAAUUUUUGUUUUUCUUUUCUUUCUUGUUAAAUUCUUAAAAUUAUGGAGGCUUUGCCUCUUUCCUGUUUCCUACUGCUGUUCUUUGGAGCUGCUGUCUAUUCCAACCCUAUAGAACUUACACCGGACAAUUUUCAAUCAAAAGUAGUAAACAGUGAUUCUCUUUGGAUUGUUAUGUUCUAUGCACCAUGGUGUGGACAUUGCCAAUCCUUUAAACCUGAAUUCGCUAAAGCUGCUGAAAUUUUAAAGGGUAUUGUGAAACUUGGGCAACUUGAUGCUGAUGCUCACCGAGGAAUGGCUGGGGAAUAUGGUAUCCAAGGUUUCCCCACUAUUAAAGUGUUUGGGCAGCAUAAAUCUAAGCCAGAAGAUUAUCAAGGUGGUCGAACUGCAAAUAGUGUUGUAGAAGCUGCCAAGAAAUAUCUGUCUAAUAUGAUAUCUCAACGAACACGUGGUGGCGGUGGUGGCAGUAGCAGUGGUGGUGGCAGCAGUGGUGGACAUAAGACAGGCAGUGCUGAUGAUGUUAUUGAGCUUACAGAUUCCAACUUUGAAGAGAUGGUAUUGAAGAGUGAUGAUAUGUGGCUGGUUGAGUUCUUUGCUCCUUGGUGUGGCCAUUGCAAGAAUCUUGCACCUCAGUGGCAAAGUGCAGCUACUGAAUUGAAAGGCAAAGUUAAGUUAGGUGCUCUCGAUGCUACUGUCCACACAUUAACUUCUGAGAAAUAUGGUAUCCGUGGUUUCCCAACAAUUAAGUUCUUCCCAGCUGGUGUGAAAGAUGGUUCUGCUCAAGAAUAUGAUGGUGGCCGGACAUCUAGUGAUAUAGUUGCUUGGUCAUUGGAAAAAGUAGCUGAGAAUGUCCCUGCACCACCAGUCAAUGAGGUAAUUACUGCCAGUGUGCUCAAAGAUGCUUGUGAGAAAAGCCAGCUGUGUGUAAUUUCCAUCUUACCAGUCAUCUAUGAUUGCCAGUCAGAGUGUAGAAACAAUUUUAUUUCCAUAGUGGAAAAAAUGUCAGAAAAAUACAAGCGAAAUCUUUGGGGAUGGGUUUGGGCUGAAGCUGGAUCCCAACCCCAGUUAGAAGAAGCAUUUGGUAUUGGAGGGUUUGGCUACCCUGCAAUGGUUGCUUUGAACUAUCGUAGUAUGAAAUAUUCUCCACUUAAAGGAUCAUUCUCAGCAUCAGGGUUGAAUGAAUUUUUCAGAGACUUGCUGUAUGGAAAGUCUUCAACUGUUCCACUUCGAAAUGCCAAACUACCUGAAAUUUUGAAUAUUGAUGCAUGGGAUGGGCAAGACAAAGAACUUCCUCAAGAAGAAGACAUUGAUUUAAGUGAUGUAGAAUUAGAUGAUCUUGACAGCAAGCCCAAAUCUGAACUAUGAAUUGUCAGCCAGCUAUUUUUCCUUAAAGGAGUUGCAGGGCAGAUUUGAUGAUCUCUUUUAAAACAGCUCUAGUGCCAAGACUGGUUUUCAAUGCUGUUUUGCUUCAAACAACACCAAAUGGUCGUGUAUAUUUUUAAUUACAUUUUCAUCUUAAAAAUAUACAAACCAAAGAAAUAGCUCAAUCCUCUGCCUUUUCCUUCUGUUUGAGAGUAAUUAUAAUCUGAAAUUUUCCUUAGAAAAUGGCUGAAAGCUGUUAAUUUUCUUGACAAAAUUUUUAUCUAUUAUAAUGUGGUUGUUAUUAUUUCUAAUUUUAACAAGCAAUAUUCUACAUCAGAUCUAAGACUACAUGGGCAUUUACAUAAGGCAGACUGAAGAAAACCUUUUUUAUUGUUUUUCUUUAUUCUUUACCUUAUUGAUCUGCCUUGAUAGCUAUCUCUGUAACUCUUCCUUGCAACCAGUUUCAAGACAUUCAGCAUCAUCUUGUUUUCUGACCACUAAUGUUUGUGUCCUUAUGUGUAUUGUUUUCUAUACAUAUAUGUAUGUAUAUAGUGUGUCAUUUGUUAGUUUUUGUUUUGUUUUUUUUUCCCCCAUUCAGUGUUUACAUCAUUUUUUUUUUUUUUUUGUGUCCAGUUGUCUUAAAAUUCUGUAUAGAUCUGAUGUGCUGGCUCAGUUGCCAACAAUAUCAUUUCAGCCUGGACUUCAACAAACCUCGUAUCAAGUGCUAUGUACUUGCUCAUUUACUGAAUAAAUUUGGUAUAAAAAACCUAUUCUUUCUUUGAUAA